AUGGUUUCCCCAACCCUCAUAAACACCGUCCUUGCAAAAGCUAUUGAAGUCGCAACCCACAGCUGGGAAUACGGCACCGUCUCCGAAGCCAUUCUCGAAUGGCGCAAUGCCUCACUCAGCAUCUGGGAUCACCCAUUCCCAAACAAUAACAUUCCUACAUUGAAUUUAGACAAGGUACCUGCGUUAACAUACGUCAAACCGUUUAUUCGGACGGAUAAUGUGACACUUGUGGAUGGUGACGGCGCCGCAGGCGAUCCCGCCUCCCUCGGAAUCCCCGCUCUCCUAAUCGGAAAAUCCCAGCCUUCGUACUACUCCGCCGCCAUUCGCCAAGCGAACCACCUCCUAACCGCCGUCCCUCGCUGGUCGAACGGUGCCAUCUCGCACCGCGAAGCGUAUCCUGAGCUCUGGGCGGAUUUUAUCUACAUGGUGCCACCGUUUCUCGCGUACUACGGCGUGGCUUCCAACGACGUGGGCCUAUUAAAAGCAGCCGCGAAUCAGUGCAAAUUGUAUCGCGAUGUGCUGGUUACAAAUAGCGGGUUAUGGUUACAUAUUGUCGGUAACCAUACUAAGGACCUAGCGCUGUGGAGUACGGGGAAUGGAUGGGCCGCGGCCGGGAUGAGUCGCGUGCUUGCGGCGAUGAAGAAUUCGCAAUACUCCCACCAGACUGCAGCUGAGCAGACUUUGCUCGAGGACAUGGUUAAAGCGAUUCUAAACGGCGCGAUUAAGCUCGAUGUUGAUGAAUCCGGGCUUCUGAGGAAUUAUCUCGAUAAUGCGACGUGGUUUGGUGAGAUCUCUGGGACGUCGAUUUUAGCGGCUACGGCGUUCCGGAUGGCAAUUUUGAGUCCGGGGAAGUUUGGGAAGGCGUAUACUGAUUGGGCAAAGAAGAAGAUGGACGUUGUGGAUGGGAAGAUUGAUAAGGGGACGGGGAUUGUGGCUCCCGCUAUCAAUCCGCUCAAUUGGCAUGAUAUGACGCCUUAUACGAGUGGGAGUCCUGAGGGACAGAGUUUCGUCGUGUUGCUGCAUGCCGCAUAUCGAGAUUGGGAGGAGGCGAAAAAGUCGAAGAGGAAUUGA